AUGAUGUCGAACGAACAAUCGAGCGGAGCCCCUGUGGCUCAACCAGCGAACGAUCCCAUUGCAAACGUCGAAGCCAUGAUGUCAGCGAUGAUGGCUAGCGUUAACCAACGUUUCAGUCAGAUAGAAGAGGCGCUACAAGCUCAAGCGCGUACGCCCAGCGAAUCGAUGUCGGAACACCCACGAACCGAACCUGAGACGACCAACACCGCCAGUCCUCACAUCGAAAACGACGGAAAUAGCAAAACUAGCAGAAAUAGCGAACCGGUCGUUGCUAGUCGACCAAGAGCGACCCUACCGAACCAACCAAUGUUCGGAGGAUCAACCAGCGAAUGGCCUGCAUGGCAGAUGCAGAUGGAAAAUAAACUGCGGGUGGAUGGUAUAUGUUUUACCUCCCCAUUGGAUCAAUGUGCCUAUAUCUAUUCACGAUUAGAAAAAAUGGCACUAAAGAACACGACCACCUUCAUGAGAGAACGACGAACAAACGGGACCCCAGAAGAUUUGCUCACGUAUCUUAACCGAAUCUAUGGCGAUCCGAACGUGGAAGCGAGGGCGAUUCAACGAUUGUACACACUCAAGCAGAAAAAGAACCAGUCGUUUGAAAAGUUCUUACCUAGUUUCGAACGCGAAUUAGCCGAUGCUGGUGCACUACAAUCGCCUGACAAUGCGAAGAAACAUACCCUGCUUAUGGCGCUCAUCAAUCGCGGUAUUCCCACCACAUUUCAAGGAAUGUUAGACACCCUCCACCAGAUCAGCGCGGAUCUCGCAGGAUUCUACUCUGUAAGGGCCUCGAAGCGCACACACCAGUCGCCAGUUGCUGAAGAGACUUAUGAGCCAAUGGAUUGGACCCCCACUAGUGCAGUGAGAAUCAACCGAAUUGCCUAUGAAUCGAGAUCGAAGCAGCCCCAGGACGAGCACCUUACGGGAAAACGUGCAAGAUGGGUAAACCAGGAAGUGAUAAAUAAGCGGAGAGAGGAGGGAUUAUGCCUGCGAUGUGGCAGACCUAACUGUCGGAUCGCUUCUUGUCCUUUGAAACCCGCGAGACGCCCUGAGGAACAGGAGAAGCGCGUGAAUACUGUGAAGACUAAGAGAACACACCGAAACCACACCGUUCUAGUGAAGAAGAGCAACAGGAAAGGAGAGCCCGCAGUUCUAGAAUCGACAAGCUAA